AUGAAUGCCAGGGCACUCAAACUACAUCUACGUGACAGAUUAUGCUCUCAGAAAUUCGAGCUGGACUGGAUUGAGAGAUCAUAUCACAAGCACAUCAAUGAGCAGAAGGUUCAUCAUCAUCUUGAAGACUCAGUAAAGCGAUGUGAUCCCAGCAUACAAAGACUCACUCACGACUACAACAAUCUAGUUGAUGUGAUGCUGCACCUCAAAUCACAGCACAAGGCACCUGCUCGCUCAGUUUGCCCCUCCAAGAUCAUCAUGGCAGGUCUCUUUACUCUGGAUGUAGAUGACGACAUUUGGCAGGAUAUCAGCCUGGAUGAUACCCUGGAUUGCACCACUACAGAUCCACCCCUGUGGCUCUGCAAUGAUCAUUACUUUACCCUCCUCCAUGAGUUCCGGCAGAUUCCGCUGCAAUCCCACGGAAUGUUGGAAUUCCACUGGGAAUCCACAGGAAUGGUAGGAAUGUACAAUUCCUGUGGAUUCCCAUGGAUUCCCAGUGGAAUUCCAGGGAAAUUCCAUGGAAAUUCCAGAAUGAUUCCUAUGGAUUCCCAGUGGAAUUUGAAUGGGAUUCCUGUGGAUUCCUAG